CAAAAUUCUCAGCUGCCCGCUUCAGCUGGCCGGGAUCGACGUCGUCGUUGAAGAAGAAAGAAAACCGGCAUGGCGUCGUCAGAGAGACGAGCGGAUCGAACGAGGGGGCAGAGCGCGAAAACCAGCGCCCGUGGCACGAGGGUACGAAUCUACACCGCACGAGGGUACCGCGCGGACCCCUGAGAGGUUCCUGUAAUAGGGUAGCUUCCCCCCCCUCCCCGAAACUACCACCGACCGCUUCCGGGCCGGUCGUUCGUUCGUUCGCUUGCUCGCUGACUGGCUGGCGCGGAAUUCACGGCUUAGACUGUCUAUCAAUGCCUACGGAGUAACAGCAACAGCAGCAGCAGCAGCAGCAGCAGGCGUCAUCAGGCUGGCCGACACCAAGCGACUUGGUGCGGCAUACGUCAACGAAUCACCGACACGAGCGGGUGUCUGCCGGGAUUUACGAACUACGUGCCCGGUGGAAUAUUAAAAAACGGGGACCAGCAAACGCGCCGUUUAGUACAGUGGUCGAGGGGGGAACACUUUUUUUAGAUAGAUUGUAAAAUCUAGAAUUUCAAGCGAUAUCAAGUCAAGUGUACCAGUAACCAAAUAGUGUACAUUUUAGUUGUGAUGAUACUUUUAUCAUUUUCAAGUCAUCUACAAUAUUGGAUAUUUGAAGGCGUGUUUCAAACAAAGGUGUUUCAUUUGAACAAACUUUUAAAUAUGUUUAUUUAUAUAAGUGGAAUGUACGUAACACCUCCGAAUGGCGAAUUGAGAGCGCCGAGUUUCGUCAUCCACGAGUGCCUAAAUACGAAAGUGUUUAUCUGUACUAUUCUAAUCCCCGUCCUUGAGGCGUCACCGGGAAACCGUGUUGCCGCCGUUGUCUUCGCCGAUGACUACGCCUGGAAACUUGGCCGUGGCCGAUUGAUCGCGACGGGGCCACUUUGCUUCUACCAACAAACUACGCGCCAUCGCGGAGGAAAAAUUAAGAGGUCGGUUGGCGGCCGAAAAUAAGGAGGAGGACGAUCGAAAGACGAAUAGUUGGAUCGAGGCGGAAUAGACAUUCGCAGAACGAUCCCGAGACGGACGAGACGCACCGACGUGAACACCG